AUGUCCGCUAUCACAACCAAGUUCGUCACAGACUACAAACUUACCAAUGAGAUUAGUCUCGAAGAGCUUAGCCAAUAUGCACCAGAAAUACUUAAGCUCUUAACAGAUAAUAAAGAAAAAAGGUGCCAGGCUCGUAAUCAUCUUAUAAAAGGGUAUGGCUUUAGCAAAGAGCAGGUAUUUGCAUUGAUUCCUCUCCAGAGAAUCGGGCGAUGCAAAAGUCAAGCACCGGUCCCAGAGAGACCAGGGUUGAAAGCUGAAGAAGUAAAUAUAUAUCAAGUAUUAGAUAGUACUGGUUCUGUGGAGGCUAUUAAAGAAAUAGCUCAGCAUAUUAUACAAGAUAAACUUAGCGAAAGAGAAGUAAAAGCAAUAUUUAGAAUCUUAGAGAAAACAUCACCUGAUGCUGUCAUUGCCUUAUCUCAUCUCUCUAGGUUUCGAAAAGAAUUGAGGACCCUCAAUGCUUUAGAAAAAAUAAUUUCUGCUACAUUAAAUCUGGAGGUAACUAGAUUAUCUAAUAAAGUCCAAAAGGAGUGUAGCGAGCAACAUGAAAAUGAAGGGAUCGAUUUUCCAGACUACUUCUCAUUAGAAUCGGUUAAGGAGAGACUGAAUUUAUAUGAUGUAUCUAAUAUACCCGAUAAACAAGCCUUAGCUGAUUUUCUUCCAGAAAGCGGUAAGCCAUUACUUCCUAGCUCUUUACGCAAAUUAGGAGCAGUAUUUGCUUCUGUAGCACAUGGGUCUAAAAAUGCGUCGAAAGCUAACACUUAUGCUAGUGAAGCCCUUCGGCAUUUACCUGAUAACCAUGCUUCUCCAUCUAAGAGAUACACUAUAGUCAAUAUGCGGAGAAGAGGAGAACCAUAUAAUCAGGCAAAGGCAUUCGAGCUCUUUAAUGAAAACUAA